AUGACGAAAUUGAUUCUUCUGUGUGAAAUAGAUGAAACAGGCAAUCAAGAUAGAGGGCCAAAAUCAGAGCGAGAAGAUGUAAGGACAGAAGCAAAGGUUGAUUUUUAUGGAGAAGGGCAUGAACAUGCAGCAAGCACUGAACUUGAUGUGUUACAAGGACUGCCUCCUUAUAAUCCUCAGCAUGACAGGUUCGCUGGUACUCAGUACUUUCUUCCUAUCAACAUUAGGAUUUUUAAGGGAAUAUUUAAAAAUAAAAUAAAAACAUCUAAAGACUCCACAUUGCCUAAUGUCUCUCGUGUAAAAGAACAGAUGGAAGCCGGUUUUCGGCCACUAGAACCUAAGAAUAUUCCUAGCACAAGAAAUGAAGUUUUAAAGACAAAAGGCCGGCAGGGUGCGGCGGGCACCAGAGCACUAUCCACCAAUCAGCGCGAAUUUAAGAGUUUGCCCACAGGGAGCCGGAAGCCGGCAGCCUGUACCAAAGCGCCCAGACACAUAGGGUUUGGAGCACCGGCGGCUAUGCCCGCGGGGGGCUAUUCCAGCGUGAGGAUGCACGCUUUGUCAGCCAUCGACGCACCUGUGAGCGAGCGGCUUCUGCACCGGGGCCCCCAGUACUUGCGCCAGCACCUGGACGCUGCGCGGCCGGCGAGUAAGAGCGCAGUGGAGAGGUUGGCCGCCGACCGCCUCAAGUACGUGAAGAGCCAGCCGGUUGCCGGCCCCACUGGCCGGAGCUCCACUUCCGAGAGCAGCAGCGAGAGUUGCUCCUUGGUGAGCCGGAGAAGCGCCCACGACACCCUCGGCGGGGAGGAGAAGGCAGCGGGUGCUUCCCAGCCCCCCGCCCGCGCUCCGUGCCCGGUGGCCCGCAGAGUCAUUGCCCGGAAGCCUCUGAGGCCGGACUCACUGGUCAUCUACCGGCAGAAAUGCGAGUUUGUUAAAGGGCCGGGGACCGACAACUCCAGGGGGGGCUUGGUGAAGAAGCUCUUUCAAGGGCCAGGCAAGGACAAAGCACUUGUGGCCCCUGAGAUGCCAAAAGUUAGAGAGGAGGUCAAAGAGGCAAAAGCCAAUGAUGAGGAUACUUCCCCUAGAAAGGCCUCAGUGAGCAGCCUUGGCCCCAGCACUGUCACUAGUUCAGUAGUGCCCCAGGAGCUAACUGCCCUCUCCCUAUCUGGUGGGGCACCCAGCAGGUGCCAAGCUGCACCCCCUGGUCCUGAGCUCCCGGAAGUUAGGCGCAGAGGCCUGCACCGUUCUCAAUCUGAUAUCAGCUCCAGGUACUCUAAAUCCAUUGCUGAGUUUGACACCUUCUUUCAAUACUGUGGCCUGGAUCCGGAGGUGGUGGAGGACCUUGGUAGGGAAAACUUCUCUGCAGGAUCAGACCACAUAGCCUUCAAAGUCCGUAGCGUGAGCAUAGCCACAUCAGACAGUGGCUUCUCCAGGCACAGCUGCAAGGAAGAUGGACUGCAGGAAGAGGAGCUGAUAGAGCAAGCCCCCGCUACGACCUCAGUCGUCGAGAAGAAUGCCCGCAUCAUUAAAUGGCUGUACACCUGUAAGAAGGCCAAAGAGACUGCCAGCAAGGGGCAAUAG